CGGUAGAAAAGAUAUUUUUAAAUUUUAAUAUUUUCUGGCGUGUGUUUUCUGCAUUUCACUGCUCUCACUAUCAUUCUCACUCUUCCUCUCUCUACCCUUAGUCCUUACCUCUCUAAUUUCCAUUUUCCAGCGUCAAUGCCUCUUCCAGAAUUUCCCUAAUUUUAAAAUCUACCUAAUUUUUCUAAUUUUUUUCAUUAAUUAUUUUUAUUUGCACCUUCAAUUUUUCCCAGUAUUUUUCCAUUAUUAUUAUUACUAUUAAUUAACUUUUCAAAAUUCCCAUCUUUGUUUUCCUGUUUUAUCCUGAAUUUUGAGAUUGUACUAAUUUUUUUCGGAAAACCCACCUAUCAAUGAUUGUUUUUUUUUGUACUAUAUUAGAUUUAAAAAUUGAAUCUUUAGUUAUAAAUUUGUCGAAAUUUCUGAGCUUUUUUCCUUAGAAGAAUCCUAAUUUUUGUCUGAUUUUAUUGUUGCCUAUCUUUGGUUGCAGGAAUUAAACCCAAGUUAAGCUGUGCCUUUCUGAUAUUGCUGCUUCUGGAUAUUGGACAACAUUGCAAUAUGAGGACCUGUUUCUAGAGAAAUGAAGACCUCACCGGACUCUCAAAAUGCUCCUGAAAUACAGUCUACAAACCAAGUUUCGCAUGAGUCCCAAAGUGACCAACACAACAACAAUACAGAAGCGCCAGUUGCUGACUCAGCUUCAGCUGCUGUUUCAAGUAAUGAUGGACGAAAAGUUUCUCGAGAAGAUAUCGAACUUGUCCAGAAUUUGAUUGAACGUUGCUUACAACUGUAUAUGAACAAAGAUGAGGUGGUUAAGACCCUCUUAAGUCGUGCACGGAUUGAUCCUGGAUUUACUACUUUAGUAUGGCAGAAAUUGGAGGAAGAAAAUGCUGAGUUUUUCCGGGCUUAUUACAUAAGGCUUAAAUUGAAGAAGCAGAUUGUUUUAUUCAAUCAUCUUCUUGAGCACCAAUAUCAAUUGAUGAAAUAUUCUGUACCUCCAAAAGUUCCUUUGGCUCCUAUCCAAAAUGGAAUACAUCCUAUGCCUGUUAGUUUGCCAAUGGGGUACCCCGUCCUGCAACCACCUCCAAUCACGGCCCCUGGUCAACCUCAUCUUGAUUCUAUGAGCCAUGGAAUAUCCAGCUGUCAUGUCGUCAAUGGAGUUCCUGCACCCAGUAAUUUCCAACCCAUGAGAAUGAAUUCUGGGAAUGAUAUGGUGAUAGAAGGUACCUCUGCCGAAGCAGCACCAGUAAUUCCGCCUAAUAGUGGCAUGUCAUCCAUGUCAGAUAUGCCUAUUAGUCCAACUUCAGUAGCGUCUAGUGGGCAUUUCCCGUUCAGUGCUUCAGAAAUUCCUGGGAUGGGAGUAGAAGCUUCUGCAUUGGAUACAGCAUUUCAAUCUGAUGUUGCAAAUUCAAUUGGAUUACAACUUCCAUCUGAUGGAGGAAAUGGAAAUUCUAAAGAUUCUCUUCGGUCUUUGGCUCAAAUUCCCUGGAAUUUCAGCCUUACUGAUCUAACAGCCGAUUUAUCAAACUUGGGAGAUCUUGGGCCUUUGGGAAACUAUCCUGGCUCACCUUUUUUGCCAUCUGAUUCUGAUAUCUUGCUCGAUUCACCAGAUAACGAGGAUAUAGUGGAGGAGUUCUUUGUCGAUUCAAUCCCAGGCCCUCCUGAUCAAUCUGAUGAGGAGAAACCCUGAUUCCAGUUUCUGUUCAUCUCUUCCCGAACUCCCCGUCAUAAAACCUGAACCGAAUUCCUGGUCAGUGGACUCCGAAUAAUACUCUUGAAACGAACCAAAAACAGUUGUAUUGCCAUCUACAAUACUUCUCGCAGAAGCUCGGAAGGGAUUAGGAACGUGCUAUCAGCUGUCGUCAGAUUUUAACAAAGUCUUAAACUGGUGCCGACUGUUCAUUUGUCGUCGAUUGUAUUAUGCCAAUCUAAUGAUAUAUUGAGAAAUAGUAAUGCUACACAGAAUACCCAUCAUUUAGAUGUCUUGUUUUCAAAUCCAGGAUAUAUUUUAUGUUCAUCUAAUAUCUGUAUAAUGUUCUUUUGGAUUCAUUGGUGAUGAUAACUUGAGAAAGUGCACCCACAUUUUCCCCA